AUGAAGACCUUCACAGCAGCCCUUGCUGUGCUCUUUGUGGCUGUUCUCUGCUACCAGGUCUCCUCUUCUCCAUUUUCUGUCAACAUUCCUGGUCACUGCUGUGUCCAGUUCAUCACCACACCAUUGCCCAAGAGCCGUGUGGCAGUGUAUGAGCACACAAGCCACCUCUGCAGCCAGCCAGCUGUGAUAUUUACCACCGUGAAGGGCAGACUGGUCUGUGGCAGACGUGAUGACAAGUGGGUCCAGGACAUCUUGAGUGACUUGGAGGAUAAGACUAUCAGUGGAUGA